UGGGCUCUAUAGGCACCUGCAGCUUGCCGUGGAGCGGCGUAGGAGCAAAGCGACCUGGGACCCUCACCGUACUUUUUAGAAGACGAUUUGUGGCCUGCUUCCUGCGGUACCCGUCUCAGCUCCUAGGAGGAAAGCGUCUCUUCUCCGCGCUUUUUUCGCCAUUCCAGGCCUUUACCGCUUCUCUCCCCAGAAUGGCUCGAAACUACGGGGGAAAGCUUCUGCCCUAGCGCGGCCUUUCUAGCCACGGGCUGGAGUGAUUCUGCCAGAAGGAUUCGCCCGUUUCUGGGACCCAGAGCCACAGGCAUUUCGAACUAGGCUGCAGCUCUUAUUUAGACAGGGCUUAGAACACUCCCAGUUAGGCGUUUGCUUUGUUUUGUUUUGUUUUGUUUUGUCCUCAUUUUACUGACGAAGACUCACCCUUGCACAAACGACUGGGUCUGAAGCCCCCGGCCAUUAACCAAGUCACGGAGCCACGGCUUUCCCCGGCUGUGAACAAAGAACUGCCGUUUUCUGCUUUGUUGCCCUGUGUUCGUCAUGCAGAACCUCACGUAAUUCCCGUUGAAGUUUGGAGGCCUUUUGAAGUCUCAGCAUCAGACGUCAUCAAGGAGAAGUUCAGUUAGAGGGUGUCCUUCACCAUCCCGAGAAAGAAUUGAAAGCUACUACAGAAGAGCAACUCUGUUUUGUCUGGCACCCGGUUCUAGGACAGUGAGACGUGCUGAGGACUGCUUCCAGAAAUCCUGAAGAACUUUCAGUGAAACGCAUGGAAGACAUGAAAGAAGUGGGAAAUUAUGCAAACCAUGUCUGUAAUUUGCCAGAGGGAAGAGAAUCACUUUCUCACGGUUAUGAAAACAAAAACAAACAUCUCAGACAUGAGUUCAGAGAGCUCCAACUCAAACAGGAAGCACAAAUAAAGGAGGUUGAAGAAAUGUUGUAUCAAGAAGGCUCCGAAAUAGCUCUGAGUAGCCCCAGUGAACAGAUUACAUACUUACGGUUCCAUAACAAAGACAUAGAAGAAGAUGGAAUGUCACAAAACUGCACAGAGGGAGAUGUGGAACAAAUAGCAAAGAGGUUAAGGAUGGCCCAUGAGGAAAUCCGAAGGCUCGCUGAUGAACUGCAAGGAAAUGAGAAGGAACAGACUAAAUUAGAUACUGCACUUGAGAAGGCUCAACUAGAAAUCGAGGAACUCAAAGACAAUUUGAUAAAACUGAAAGAAAAUGAUUCAAUUGACCUAAAGAAAGCAAAGGAAUAUAAUCAGAGACUGAAUGAGGAAAUUCUGGCUUUAAGAACUCGGGUUCGAUCACUGGACUCAGAAAAAAAAGUGCUUGGGGAAGUGGUUGAAAGGCUUAAAGGAGAGAUUCGUGAAUCUCAAGAAAGUAAGCAACUUGGAAACCACUCCACUGGGAAAACUGUGGGUGCUGACCAGAAAGUACAGAGUCUAACAUCUGGAGAAAAACUGAAAUACCAACACCAAGAGGAAAUACAACAGCUUCGUCAGAAUUUACACCGGCUUCAGACUCUAUGCAACUCAGCUGAAAAAGAGCUUCGGUAUGAGCGGGGAAAGAACUUGGACUUGAAGCAACAUAACAGCUUACUUCAGGAUGAAAAUGUUAAGAUCAAAAUUGAACUGAAACAGGCCCAGCAGAAGUUAUUAGACAGUGCCAGGAUGUGCUCUUCACCCCCAGCAGAGUGGAAGCGCUGUCAGCAGAAAAUCAAGGAACUGGAGCUGGAAGUACUUACACAGGCUCACAGCAUUAAAUCACAGAACAACCUGCAGGAAAAGCUGGCUCAGGAGAAAUCUAAAGUUGCUGAUGCAGAGAAAAAGAUUUUGGAUCUACAGCAGAAAUUAGAACAUGCUCAAAAAGUCUGUCGCAUAGAUGCUUGUAGUUUGGAAAAGAAGCAACUCCGGGAGAGGAUAAGAGAAGCCGUGGAAAAUGAAGCUAAAAGAAAGCAACAAUAUCAGGAAGAACAACAGAAGCGGAACCUCCUAGAUCAGGAUAUAAAUGAGCUACGAAAGAAAGUGAAGAUCUUGCAGGAUAAAGAGAAUGUACUGGAAACAACCAAUUCUCAACAACAACACAGAAUUCAGCAACUAGAGGCCCAACUUAAACAACUGGAAAAUGAAAAAAUAAAAUCUGAUGAGAAUCUCAAGAGCAACCAGGAAUUGUCAGAGAAGGUGUCUGGGUUGCAGCAGGAGAAUGAAGCUCUAUGUAAAGAAUAUGGGAAAUUUUUGAAGCAGUUUGAUGCCUAUGUGAGAAACUAUAAUAAAAAAUGUCAUCAUCACAAAACCAAGCUUCACAGAGUCAAGAGUCAUUUCAUUCAUGAAGUAGAGCUACGCGAUAAGAGAAUUAACCUACUUGAAAAUGAAACUGGAAUACUUCGGCAAAAAUUAGAAAAGGAGAAGGCAUUCCAGGACCAGAUCACUGCCCAAAAUGAUAACCUGUUCCUAGAAAACAGAAAACUUCUGGAGCAGCUCGUGGAGCAGGAAAAAGUGAUCCAUGACAACAAGUGCAUGAUAUCUUCGGUCCAGCACAGAGUACUUUCUCUGGAUAAAGAAAAUAAGCAAUUACAGGAAAACAGUCUCCGGCUCACAGAGCAGGUUGGCCUCUUGGAGCGCAUUGUAAGAAGCAUCCAGAUUUGCAGAGGAGAGGAAACAAUACUUAGUGGCAUCUCUGAAUAUGAAGUACUGAAUAAAAUCCUGCCCCUACCAAACUCCAGUCUUUCUGGAACAGGUUUGGUGGAGUCCGUUGGAAGUCUGUAAGAGACUAAAGAACAUAUGUCCGAAGCAGUGGCACACCCCAGGCCCCUUGAGUCUCUACUGUUCACAGAAUCCUGAAGCCGGAUGCAUACAAAUACGUGGCUUCUCUGAAAGAGACACGUCACCUCUAAAACCAGACUGGCCAAAGCUGCUAACUUCAAGCCCAUGAGUGCGAAGGUGGAACAUGACGACACAGAGCAGGGUAAUGAUGGAUUCCCCACUGGUCAUGUCAUCAAGCAGGAACCUCGAAAAUUGCUGAUAAAUUCAUUAAACCAGAUCCAAAAAUUGA